AUGCAGGUUAAAAACCAGAUCUGCACCGAGAGGAGCAGCACCACCGACGACCCGGAGCAGGAUGACAACCAGAAGAAGACCUCGUGUUUUUCCAACAUCAAGAUUUUCCUGGUGUCGGAAUGUGCGCUCAUGUUGGCACAGGGCACCGUGGGCGCCUAUCUGGUAAGUGUCCUGACCACUCUGGAGAGACGCUUCAACCUCCAGAGUGCAGAUGUGGGCGUCAUCGCCAGCAGCUUCGAAAUCGGCAACCUGGCCCUCAUCCUGUUUGUCAGCUACUUUGGCGCCAAGGCCCACAGACCCCGCCUGAUUGGCUGCGGCGGGAUUGUCAUGGCGUUGGGGGCGCUGCUGUCGGCCCUGCCGGAGUUCCUGACUCACCAGUAUGAGUACGAGGCUGGGGACUCGUGGCACGCCGAGGACGGCAGGGACGUCUGCUCCAACACCUCCAGGUCGGAGAACCAGGACUCUGGGUUUAAAUGUGGCAACAGAGCCAACACCAACAUGAUGUACCUUCUGCUGAUCGGAGCCCAGGUUCUGCUGGGCAUCGGAGCCACGCCCGUCCAGCCUCUGGGAGUGUCCUAUAUCGAUGACCAUGUCCACAGGAAGGACUCCUCGCUGUAUAUAGGUAUUUUAUUUUCAACAUUAGUGUUCGGCCCGGCCUGUGGCUUCAUCUUAGGUUCUGUCUGUACCAAAGUCUACGUUGAUGCUGUCUUCAUCGACACCAGUAAGCUGGACAUCACACCAGAUGACCCUCGCUGGAUCGGGGCGUGGUGGGGUGGCUUCCUCCUCUGCGGUGCCUUACUCUUCCUGUCGGCCCUCUUCAUGUUCGGCUUCCCCCAGUCGCUGGACGACCCGGACAUGGACGGUGGAGGGGAGAGUGAGCAGGCCAUGCUGCCUUCUUCACUGACCCUGGAGUACCAGGGCUCUAAACCCAACGGAGCCAUUCACGGCUUUGAUAUGAACAGCGGACUCUCGGUUUGUGAGCAUCUGAGAGUAAUCCCGCGGGUAACCAGGCACCUUCUCUCCAAUCCGGUAUUCAGCUGCAUCACGCUGGCGGCCUGCAUGGAGAUCGCUGUGGUUGCCGGCUUUGCUGCCUUCCUGGGAAAAUACCUGGAGCAGCAGUUCAACCUUACCACCUCCUCAGCCAAUCAGCUGCUAGGUAUGACAGCCAUCCCCUGUGCCUGUCUGGGUAUCUUCCUCGGGGGGCUGCUGGUGAAGAAGCUGAACCUGUCAGCUCUCGGCGCCGUCCGCAUGGCCAUGAUGGUCAACCUGGUGUCCACCGCCUGCUAUGUCUCUUUUCUGUUCUUGGGCUGUGACACCGGACCUGUCGCCGGGGUUACAGUAGCCUACGGAAACGAGACAUUGCGGUCCUGGCAGCGACCUGAGUCACCGUGCAUCAAUAACUGUAACUGCUACACAGCAUCAGUGAGCCCCGUCUGUGGUUCCAAUGGAGUCACCUACCUCUCAGCCUGCUUCGCUGGCUGCCUCAAACCAAACCUGACCAGCUGCACGUGUAUAUCCAGCAACAGUGAAGAAGCGGUGGCGUUACCAGGGAAGUGUCCCAGUCCAGGCUGUCAGCAGGCCUUCCUUACCUUCCUGUGUGUUAUCUGUGUGUGCAGCAUGAUCGGAGCUAUGGCCCAAACGCCCUCUGUCAUCAUCCUCAUCAGAACUGUGAGUCCAGAGCUGAAAUCAUAUGCCCUCGGAGUUCUGUUCCUGCUCCUGAGACUGAUCGGCUUCAUCCCUCCCCCUCUGAUCUUCGGCAUGGGCAUCGAUUCCACCUGUCUGUUCUGGAGCUCCGUCUGCGGCGAGAAGGGAGCCUGCAUGCUGUACGACAACGUGGCCUACAGGCACCUGUACGUCAGCAUCGCCAUCGUCCUCAAGUCGUCAGCCUUCAUCCUGUACACCACCACGUGGCAGUGUUUGAGGAAGAACUACAGGAAAUACAUCAAGAACAGCGAGGGUUACCUCACACCCACCGAACUCUUUGCCUCCAACGUGACUCUGGACAAUUUGGGCAAGGAGAUCACCCAGAACCCAGCCAACAGGACAAAGUUCAUAUACAACCUGGAGGACCAAGAGAUGUGCGACAACAUGGAGUCAGUUUUAUAGUGGUGGUCUGCACCGGGACUGCAGACCGGAGCUGAGGCUGUUGAUGUGCAACUGAUCUGAUGUUUCUUUGGUGUCGUAUCAGUGUAGAAGAACGCUCUCAGUAAGGGUCUUAUCUCCUUCUCACCCAAAACAUCAGACAUAAGGAAAACAAUUGAAGAGAUGUUUCCCAAAAUGCUCUAUAUCCACAUUGCACUUUUUACUAAAAUACAGGCGAUCUGGUCCACCUUUUUGUCAAACAAAAUCAUAAGCUAACUUUAUUUGUUUUUGACAUUUCCUUAAUUUGACAGCAGAAAUAGAGAUUGACAGAAAAACGGGGAAAGAAACGAGGAAUGACUUUGCAGUUAAUGCAUCGUACCACUAAUCCACCAGGACGUUCCUGAAACGAUCUUCUUUAGUUCAACUUCAUUAACAGUUCGGUUCAAAUUGAAGUCUUAUUAGGUUUUAUUAGGAGACCAGAGCUCUUUGAGAAGCAGAAAUCUGAAAUGUUGGUUAUUCAUUAGCUUUAUUAGACAGUUUAUUUUCCUUUUAGAAGGAAGCACUUCUCAGGUCCAGAUGCCAGAUAGAAAGGAUGACAGUCAGCAUAUUAGCUGAUGCAUAUUUUAGCUCAUGGUUGGAGUACUUUUCCAGACAUGCAGAACAUACAGUUAACUACUAGGCAACCCUACUAUAGACUUAUUAACAGACUGUGUUCCUUCACUCAAUUUUUUAAGUUUAACAUAAUGAAUUGGGAAAAACAGAUCUGUAUUGACUACAGAGGCCCAUGUAGGCACACCACACAAGAAGCAAAGGAAAACCAACAAAUCAGCAACAACUAGAAAUAGGAGUACAGGAACAGGCAUGAUCCCAGUAAUUGAUAAAGUAAGGGGCAACAUAUUACAUCAACACCAGAGAUGUCUCACCUGUAGGCGGCCCUGUUUCCUGGCUACAUCGUUAAAGCCUAAAAUAUAAAAUAUGUAUAGACAAAAUAUGGACCUCUCUACCCCAGUUAAAAGCAAUUAAUUUCAAACUCAUUACACAAUAACUGUUUUUUUCUUUAAAGGGCCAGUGUGUAACAUUUCAGGGGAUCUAUUAGCAGAAAUGUAAUUUAAUAUUCUUAACUAUGUUUUCGUUAGUGUAUAAUCACCUGAAACUAAGAA